AUGGGGAGUUACCUGUGUUACCUGUGUUACCUGUGUUACCUGUGCUACCUGUGUUACCUGUGCUACCUGUGUUACCUGUGCUACCUGUGUUACCUGUGCUACCUGUGUUACCUGUGCUACCUGUGUUACCUGUGUUACCUGUGUUACCUGUGCUACCUGUGUUACCUGUGCUACCUGUGCUACCUGUGUUACCUGUGUUACCUGUGUUACCUGUGCUACCUGUGUUACCUGUGCUACCUGUGUUACCUGUGUUACCUGUGUUACCUGUGUUACCUGUUCUACCUGUGUUACCUGUGUUACCUGUGCUACCUGUGUUACCUGUGUUACCUGUGUUACCUGUGCUACCUGUGUUACCUGUGUUACCUGUGUUACCUGUGCUACCUGUGUUACCUGUGCUACCUGUGUUACCUGUGUUACCUGUCCUACCUGUGUUACCUGUGCUACCUGUGUUACCUGUGCUACCUGUGUUACCUGUGCUACCUGUGUUACCUGUGUUACCUGUCCUACCUGUGUUACCUGUGUUACCUGGGGAUAUAA